AUGACCACCGCCACCGCGUCCAGCGCCGCCGCUGUGACCAUCCCUUCGGGGUCCCCGGAUGAGCAGCUGCGUACGCUCAAAGAGCUCAAGAACGCCGUCAUCGGUAACACCUGGAAGAAGGUCGAGUACGCGAGUGACGACGAGCUGCUGCACUACGCUGGGGCUCUCACACUGCGCCCUCUCCUCGCCGAGGGAGUGCCGGGGGCGCUUCUGGCCUUGGUCCGAUGGCUGCCGGGCCACGCUGCUGCGCCGCGACUUCUCCCUGCCCUACUGAGGGCACUGCGAAACGUACUCGGCUCGACGGCCGAGGUCUUGUGGGGCCACAUGUGGGGCGUCGGCGCCGAGCAGAAGGUGGUUGGCACGGGGCUGGUCGGCGACGACGUACUGCGUCCUGCGCGCGUGCGGAGCAAGGCCAAGGCAGCCCAAUGGCGGAGCGACGCUGCCAACGCCCUCGUGCUAGUGUUUGAGGACGCGAAUCGCCACGCCUUAUUGUCCCUCAUCACGCUGUACCCCGACCCAGCAGUUGUGCUACCGCUCUACCAGCUUCUCGCUCGUGUGAUUGCGCUCCCAUCGCACCGCGAGCUCCUCGGCAUAGAGAGCGGCGGCAGCGGCUGCCCGUUCCUCCUCGAACACCUCCUCGAGACGAUCACCGAGUGGCACGAUCACAGGACGAACCCGAAGCUGCUCGAGGCGGCGCUCGAGCUAGUGGCUGCGCUGGUCAAGGGCCAACCCGUCAUCGCGCGGCACAUCCGGAGCUACAACGCGCCCGACGACGAUGGGGGCGACAGCGAGAGCGGUGCGGGUGCGCCCGAGGUCAUUUCGGUACUCACCCAGCUGAUGGAGACGGGGACGAGCAGUGUGCGCAUCGCCGUCGCCUCGUGCCUCACAAAUAUCAUCAAGGCCGACAAGGGCGGACACAUGCGCGACCGCGUUAGCGACCGGCUCACGAAUCGCAACCUCCUCGACGUCAUCAUCAAGCUCCUGCGCACCGAGGAGAUCGAGGAGAGGGUGAAGCUAUGCUUCGUGCUGGACGGGGACGAAACGCGGGGCGACAUGGGCCACGAUGCGGCAUCGCGAAUGCGCGAGGGCGCAUUGCUCGCCCUCGCAGCCCUGGCGUUCCAGUACGAGCCGACUAGGAGUCUGAUCGCGGACGCAUCGCCUCCCGUGCUGCCGCUAGUGUGUUCAGCCCUAUCGCACCCGAGCUACGGCGUGCGCGCGGCCGCGUGCCAGCUCGCCCGCGCGCUGAGCCGCACGAUCGCGAUCCUGAAGACGUCGCUCGUCGACUCGGGCGUCGGCGAAGAGGUCGUGGAGACAUUACGCCGAGAGGUAGCGCGGCGGGCGGAUGAGGGCGGCGAGCUCCCCGCCGAAUUCGACGUGACGGCAGAGGAAGAGCUGGGCGACCGGGCAUGGACCGUCGAGGUCGCGGCGACGGCGACGAUCUGCAACCUCGUCACAGACUUUAGCCCUCUGCGUGCUAAGCUCGUCAUGAGCGGCGGGGUCGAGUUACUCGUCUCCCUGACUUCGAGCAGUUACGAGCCGCUGGCGCUGAAUGCGUUAUGGGCGCUGAAGAAUCUGACGUACCACGCUAGCGAGACGCUCAAAGCCGACGUCGUGCGCGCGCUGAGCUGGCGCCGCCUCGCUGAACUUAUCUCGCCGAGGACGCCGCCGCAAUUACGCACGCAGGCGCUGCAUUUGCUGCAAAAUGUGGUCGACCAGGCGAGCAAGGCCGAGCUGAGCAGAACACUGGACGCGCUCGGGUCGGGCGUGUCCGACGUCGUUGGCGAUGGUAUGGGCCUCAUGGACGGCGGGUUUGCCGACGACCUCCCCGCGCCCGAACUGAGUGUGAGCGGGAUGGACUCGAUUGUCUCAGCUCUUUCAGCCGAUGAUCUCGAGCUGAGGAAACCGGCGCUGUACAUUCUCUCCAACCUUGCGCUGGGCAAUGAGCGCGUGCGCGGGGUGCUGCUCGGCCGCGUCGAAGUCCUCGAGGGCAUAAGCGAUGCUCUUGGGAGCAAGGUCGACGCACUCCGCAUCCCUGCCCUCCGGACGCUUAGGCAUCUGCUUGAGUCUAACAGUACGAGCAGACGGCCCCGGCCCGCUGUCGUCGAGGCCAUCAAGCCGUAUCAGUACAAGGCCCGCUUGAAGGAUAUCUGGGAGAACUCGCCGAAUCUCACUGUCAAGAGCCUGAGUCAGAAUCUCCUCGAGAUCUUGGACCGGGCUAAGGAUCGCUCGUAG